UACUUGUCACUUCUUCGGCGGGGAAGAUGGAGUAAUUGAAUAAUCAAUUAAAAAAUCGAAAAUAAAUUGGAAAAUAAUCAUGAAAAAAUUGGGAAUAAAUCUGCGAUGGUGAAGCUGGUUUUCUCCUUUGCAUUUGUUGGCACUCUGAUGGUCUCUGUCGUUCACCGUGACGUGUGUGGUUUCACGCGCAAAUGACGUUUGCAGAUAACCCCAUUUUGCACCUUUUAAGUAGGUUAACCAGACAGCUGUUGUUCCGUCUGCUACCCGCUCAAUAUAAAUCAAAUAAACUGUAGACUUAACAAGGUCUGCAUAUUGUAGAAAAUGUCGAUCCAAAAAAGGCCUCAAGUAAUCGUAUUCGACUUGGAUUAUACCUUAUGGCCUUUCUGGGUCGAUACACACGUUACACCACCUUUCAAGAAGGGCAAAGGUGACCAGGUGCUCGACGCUCACGGACGCAUGAUUAAACAUUAUCCAGAAGUACCCGACGUUCUCAAGGAGUUGUACGACCAAGGGUACCAAUUGGGGGUGGCUUCGAGAACCUCUGAGAUCAAGGGAGCCAAUGAACUGUUGAGGCUGUUUGGCUGGGAUAAAUAUUUCAAGUACAAAGAAAUUUAUCCAGGCUGCAAAGUGACCCAUUUCUCGAAGAUCCAAAAAAAUUCUGGUGCACAGCUUGCAGAAAUGUUGUUCUUUGACGACGAGGAUCGAAAUAUUCACGAUCUCAAAAAAAUUGGAGUCACUUCGAUCUUAGUUCGUAACGGCGUCAAUAGAGAAGUUGUCAAAAGUGGACUAAGUCAAUUUGCAAAGUAGAUAAUUCAAGUAUUUAGCUGCGGUUUCAUCGCAAUAUUGAAACAAUUCUGAGGAAUAGAUAAAAUUGCACUUUAUUCUUAAACAAAUAUAAAAUAACAUAUUUACAA